ACUUUCUUAUCGAUAACAGAAGCAACCGAGGGUCAACGUAACUUAACUUUCUUAUCGAUAACAGAAGCAACCGAGCCGUCACCAAUUGCUUUAACCUUAUCGUACCCAUUACCCAUCACCUAUCACUUAUCACUCAUCACCAUCAACAACCAUACCUACUAGGUAUGUUUACAACAGCCGGCCCAACGCAUACAACCACCAGCAUUCCAGACCUUAUUAGGAUCGAAAUUUGUAUAUACCAAAGCCAUUGCAACACAUGAAUUUAUGCCCCAUAACUUCUAUCAAAUUCUUACGUUUGGAGUUCGAUAUGGCUUCAGGAGGCAUGAGACAAUGUAUUCAGGAUAUCACUCCAUAUCUAAUCUUUCUAAUCUUUAUAUCAACCCUUGGACCUUUACAAUUUGGUUUCCAUUUGGUAUGUGCCAUUCUAAACAAUUAUAACUCACUCGCCAGUCAAUACUCCGAGAGCGCUGGCUAACUUCUCCCACAAGUCGGAAUUAAACGCACCUCAAGAUGUCAUUACAUGCAAGAAGCAAAAUGAGGCCAAUUCCAUCGCUGUCGUUCGUACCAACCUCCCACAAUGUAUACCUAUGAACGAAGCCGAGUUUGCCGCCCUCUCAUCUCUCUUCGUUCUUGGUGGCUUACUAGGAGCGUUGGGUUCGGGUGCCAUGUCGACCAGUUAUGGAAGAUUGUUUGCCAUGAGAAUCACCAGCGUUUGCUUUAUAGUAGGAUCCGUUCUAGAAAUCUUCGCAGGCACAGUUCCAGUAAUGUCUGUUGGCAGAUUCUUUUCAGGUAUCGGGGCUGGAGCCUCCACAGUCGUGGUGCCAAUCUACAUAUCUGAAAUUGCACCACCAAAAGAAAGGGGGUUAUUUGGAUCCAUGACACAAAUUACCACGAAUGUAGGAAUUCUACUCACUCAGGUUCUAGGUUACUAUCUAAGUAAAGGAUCGAAAUGGAGAAUCAUAUUGGCAGUCGGAGCAGGACUUGGUUUGUUGCAAGGAGUUGGGCUGUUAUUCAUUCCGGAAAGUCCAACAUGGCUUGCCGCACAUAAAGACCCUCAAAUGGCUAUGAGAACACUUCAGCGAAUUCGGGGACAUGGUUCUUCCAUUGCGGAAGAGAUCCAAGACUGGAAUAUUGAGCCUUCAGGAGAAGAAGAAGAGCGCCUGUUACUUGAUCCGGAGCUGAAUCGAAGAAAUUCCGUCGCUAGCAAGGCAUCGUCACAAAAAUCCACGUCGAACGUCGGAUUUUUUCAAGUCAUCAGGGAUCCGCUCUAUCAGCCUGCAGUCAUCGCCGUCAUUGGUAUUAUGUUUGCCCAACAACUGUGUGGUAUCAACAGCAUCAUCAUGUAUUCCGUAUCACUGCUUUCUGGCCUUCUUCCUGUUUCUUCAUCUAUCGUCACAAUCCUUAUUUCGGUUGUCAACCUGGUCGCAACAGUCGUAUGUGCUCCGUUGGCUGACAAAAUUGGCCGAAAGGCAUGUCUUCUCCUCUCGAUAUCCGGGAUGGGCACAAUGUCUCUUGUUUUAGCCCUUUCCCUUCGGUGGGAAACCAAGGUUCUCUCUGCAAUAUCCGUCAUCCUCUUCGUGACUUUCUUCGCAACAGGUCUUGGUCCUGUUCCUUUCAUAAUGGCAUCAGAAUUCGUCGGUCCAGAAGCUGUUGGUGCAACCCAAAGUGUAGGAUUGGCAGCCAAUUAUGUUGCUACAUUUCUAGUUGCUCAAUUCUUCCCAAUCAUCAACACAAGACUAAAUAGAGCAUUAGGAGGUGUGGGUUGGGCAUAUUUUAUAUUUGCAGUCCUUGCAGUGUUGUCUGGAAUAUUUGUGAGUUGGAGGGUUCCCGAGACUAGAGGCAAGAAAGAUGCGGAUGAAGUUUGGGGGAGGACAAGAAGGGUUGAUUGAUUUUGGCAGCGAGCUCUUGGUAUGCGAAAAGUUAGGCCCAGCGAGUUGCUAUUAGUUCGCGCUAGGUGAUAAUGAUCUUUGGAUAACUGUAAUUGAUUUUUGAUGGAGACACAUUAUGACUUUUUAUUUUGAUUUCGACUCCUCCUUUGGAGACAGCACCAAGCGGUUCGGUUUUUCUUACCUGUGCGAUGAACCCUGGUCAUCCUUCCCAUUUUGAAGUUUCCUGCUCAUGCCCACAACUCAAAAUUCAUACAUCACGUUCAGGUGCCGACUCUUCCGCUGCCCCAAGGGGAGAGCAGGCUUUAGGUUCCUCGAAAUGAUCCAGUAAUAGUGCGUUUACC